GAGCGUUCGACCAGUUGGUGAAAAGUUGCGAUUGUCAAAAGAAGUGUUUGGCAUUAUAACGAAGUUGAGACUUAGAUUUCAAGUGUUAACGUUGAAAAGAAGAAGAAUAGAGUAAGUGUUCUUUGCGAAAAAAGUAAAAUAGUUUGACUUUAUUGACUUUAAACGUAGUAGAAAGUGUUUAUUUGUUGGUGACCCACAAGCUUAGAGGAUAGGCCUGACCGAGCCUCUAACGAAGAAAACAUGUACUCUAAGUACACAAUUUUCGCCUUAAUGGCUUCGGCGCUAUUUAUGAGCGUUAUGGCAGCCGAAAUGAAAAUGGAAGUUCGGAUGGAAGAUUCCACAGAGUCGCCUAUUGCCGAUCUUGCGGUUAUUGACACUGAACUCAAAACCUCAACUGAACGUCCACCAGUCGCAGCCACAACAGGUGAAAAGGUAACGAUGGGCUUGAGAAGUGAGCAGUCACAAAAUGUGCAGCCUCAUACCGUCGCUGACUUUAUUAUUCAUCCAUUGAUUGCUUUCAAACCUCGUGCCCCAGAAGAAGUUGUGGCUGGUAAGCAAGCUGAUGGCGCUUCGACAACGACACCUUCACCCUGGACACUGUUCGGCUUCAAUGCUGGUCAAGGCUUAGGCUCACAGGUCUCAUCUUCAGUAUCGAAUCUGGCUGGCUCCGUUAGCGGUUGGUUAACCGAUCGCAUACAAUUGCCUGGUUUGGUAGAUUCGCCUGUACGGGAGUCCACCACAACCAGCACGACUACUUCAACAACCACAACACAACGACCUGAUGUGGUGGUCCGUGUACAACAUAGAGGUUCGACUCGUCGGCCCCUUAUUGCAAUCACAAAUGACAAUCGCCCACAACGUUUUCAUAAUAACAACAAUGUGAACUUCGAAUCGGACGAAGAUGAUGAUGACGAUUUCGAAGAUGAUGAAUUAGAGCAAAUUAACAAAAAGAAGAACAAACGUAGAAACAAUAAAAAUCAGCAAAAUAAACGGAAACCAAUUCGUGACCAAGAAGAUAUCGAUGAUGAAGAAGAGGAAGACAUUCGUCCAGUGCGUCGGCCACAGCAAAACCGUCGUCGCCGUCCAGUCGUAAUUGAUGAUUUCUCAGAAGAGGAAGAUGAUGAUGACGAUGCAGAAUCCGCUGAACAGGACGAUGACGAAGAAUUAGAAGAUGAUGUAAAUAUAGAGGUUGAAGAAGAAGACGACAAUGUGCAACAAUCAAACGUACGUCGUAGGCAAAACAACAACAAACGCCGUUUUCAGCAACAACAACGACAUCGCCUAAAUGUUGGCAACCAACGUUUCAUUGUACGUCGUAUACCAAAACCCAUAGAAAGUGAAGAGGUCGAAGAAGAUGAUGUUGACCAGAAGUUCUACUACCGCAGCCAGAGUGGACGCCCCUCAACCAAACGUUCCCAAAAUGAAGCAACUUUUUUUCAACGUGGCCAGGAAAACAUAAUAAACCAGCUACGUCAGCUGACAGGCGGUCGUACACCCACUGAAGUUGGCGCCUUAGUACGUAAGUCCGCAAAGCAGUCGGGCAAUAAGCAACAAACCACCCUCUUGGUUAAUCGCAAUGGACAAACUAUCUACUUGGCACCUGAACUUCUGAAUGCUGAUGAUUUCCAACUGGUCAACCCUCAAGUGCAACACCUUAAACAAAGUGCUACGAAAUUUCCACAACCACCUUUGAGUGUGCCAGUCAAACGCAAAAAUGCACCAACACAAUACAUAACUAUCCCUUGGUCACAAUUGGGCAUCGCACCACCCGAUAAAUUGCAUUCGGUAACCGAAGGUGUACAAGCCCAACCACUUAUUCUCAAUAUACCAGCCAGCGCCGUGCAAACAAUGCAGAAUCAAAGCUUGAAACGUAAGAAGCAACCUGUUAUCACCGCGGAAGUUGUGCCCCUCCUAGCUGAGGCUUCUAUAAUGGAUGUUUUCAAACCACCAAAAAUACCACAUGAUCGUCACACAACUGACUCAGCAACUCAAAUAUCCAGUACUGCUGGCAGGCCCAUCAUCAUUGCGACUCAAGUAAAGCCAAGCGCUGACAACACUGCCACACAUGCCAUCCUGCCACAACGCAUACGCCCUGGCACUGUCAUCGAGAAGGCACCCAGCAGCGUCGAGAGUCCCCAAGAAGCUUCCGAAGAAGAAGCUGCACCAGAAUCUGUGCAUAAUGUGGAAAAUGAAUAUAUACUCGUCGGCGAAGAUAGUGAACCGGCUCUGAAACGUCACGUGAAACCCGUUUUUGGCGAGGCGCGUUAUGCCUACGGCUCUAACCCUUCACCCUACCUGGAGUUGUUGAAACAACAUGGACGCUACGCUUUACGCAGAGAUGGACGUGAACUCGAGUUGCCAGAAGUUGGCGAAUCGAAUGCCAACAACAAAGUGCAGCCCGAAAAUGUUGAACAAUUGAUACCAGUGGAAAUUAUUAGCGAACCAGAGGUGACUGCACAACCGCAACAGGAGGAGGUGGCAGCGCAGCCACUUGUGGAAGCGCAACCGAAAUCUGAAUUUAAAAGCGUACAGGCUGAACCGCUCGUUGAAGUCCAACAGCAGUCGGUCGGGGAUGUUUUGCCGGCAAAUGUGCCAGUGUUGAAGAAUAAGGAUGACGGACCUGCGGAGGCUGCGUAAAGGGUUGGGCGGUCGAAAGACUAAAUUAGCUAAGAGAUUUUAUAAUUAUAAGUUUAAUUGAUAGAUUUUAAUUUAUUGCGACAAUAAUAACGACAAAAUAUUUAUUUAAUAAAACACAAUUGAAUUACAGCG